AUGAAAAUAUUUUUCAUAAUAAUAAUAAUCUUAUUAAAUCUAAAUAAUAUUGAAUUAAAAUGUAAUCAAGCAUGGAAUGGUGGAGGAACCGGAGCUUGGUAUCGUGUUGAUACAUCGUGUGAAUAUUCAUUUUUAUCUACACAAUUAAUCUAUUGUUUACCAACGAUUAUUUUACCUUCUAAUUUAACAUCAUUUAGUGAUGGAUUUUAUGUUAGUUUAGGAAUUUUUAAUCGUUAUAAUGGAGUUUCUCUUGAUAUUGGUUUAACAUUUGAUUAUGAAAAGAAUAAAUGGUUUUCAUAUGGUAAUGAUCGUUUAGGAUGGAAAUCAGGAAGUAUUUCUAUUGAUACUAAACAAAUUCAUUGUAUAAAUGUUUCUUUAUCAAUAAUUGAUGAUUAUAUAAAAUAUGUAAUUCGAACAGAAAAUGGUUCAAUUAUAUUAGGUGAAGAUAUUUAUGUUUCAUCUCAAAUUGAUCCAUUAUUAAAUUUAACAAAAAAUAAUUCAAAUAAUUUUGGUUUUUAUCGUUUCGAUAGUAUUGCACAAAAUAAGGAAACAUUAAAAAGUGGUUCACAAAUGAUUCAUGCACAAAUGACACAUUGGUUAUUUCAAUUACAUUCAGGAGAGAUAGUUCCAGCUCAACAAUCUAAUAUUGCUUUGAAUGUUAGCGGAUAUUCACCAGGUCCAUGUUGUACACACGAUGAAAUCAAUACAAUAAAUGUUUAUCAACAAAUCAAAUGGAAUCAAUCUGAUAUAUCUAUUAAUUAUAUGAAAUUCAAUAAAAAUACUUCAGACAACUAA